UUCUAAUGAGAGAGAGAGAGAGAGAGAGCUGCACGUUCCUCUUUCUAAAGACAAGUGUGUGAUUAUCAAUCACCUAAUAAUCUUCAGCAACAGUCUUAAUUUCUCCAAUAGCUUGUUGCAGUCCAAACUUAAACCAGUUGGGGUACCUAACAACACAGUCUCUCAUCCCAAGUCUAGAUCUUGGAAUUUUCCUUUGGCUAGUGAAGUCCAUACCUUACAUUAUUAAUUCUCAAUCUUUCCAUUUCAACUUCUUCACCAUCAUCAUUGCUUUGCUUCUGCAAUAGCAGCUACUCUCUAACAAGUUCCCAUGGAAACCAAAACAGAUCAGCAGCUUCACAUUUUCUUCCUUCCAUACAUGGCUCAUGGCCACACUUUACCCCUCAUAGACAUAGCCAAACUAUUCGCUUCCCAUGGUUCCAAGUCCACCAUCCUAACCACCCCUCUCAAUGCACCACUCAUCUCUAAAUCAAUCCAAUCAAGCAAAAGUUUGGGUUUAGAAAUUGACCUUCUUGUCAUCAAAUUUCCAUCUAUUGAGGUUGGGUUGCCUGAAGGAAUUGAAAGUGCUAACUUGGCUACAACCCGAGAGAUGAAGGAAAAGCUCUACAAAGCCUGCACCCUGCUUGCACCACAGGUAGAGCAGAUUUUAGAACAAUAUCAUCCUCACUGCCUUGUUGCAGACAGUUUAUAUCAUUGGGCAACAGAUCUUGCUGCCAAGUUUGGGAUUCCAAGGCUCAUCUUUCAUGGAAUUAGUUUUUUCGCCUUGUGUGCUUCAAUGAGUGUGAUACUCUACCAACCUCACUUGAAGGUUUCGUCUGAUUCAGAAUCUUUUGUUAUUCCUAAUCUUCCAGAUGAGAUCAAGACCACAAGAAACCAAGUACCAGCUUUUCUCAAUCUAAAUGGCAAAACAGAACUCAUCAAGUUGGUCAAAGCAUCUAUAGAGGCUGAGGAAAGGAGCUAUGGGAGUAUUGUUAACAGCUUCUAUGAACUUGAACCGGAUUAUGCAGAUCAUUAUAGGAAAGUUUUGGGCAGGAAAUCAUGGCACAUUGGCCCGGUUUCUCUAUGCAACAAGGCAGAAACAGAUAAAUCAGAGAGGGGAAGGGGAGGAUCUGUUGAUGAAGUACAUGAGUGCAUGAAUUGGCUUAAUUCUAAGGAACCAAAUACAGUUGUUUACAUCUGUUUUGGAAGCCUCACCAUUUUCAACGAUUGUCAGCUCAUAGAGAUUGCCUUGGCUCUUGAGGCUUCUCAGCAGCAAUUCAUCUGGGUUGUGAGGAAGGAAAAUAAUGAUAAAGAAGAGUGGUUGCCUAAAGAGUUUGAGCAGAGAAUGGAAGGUAAGGGACUCAUUAUAAGAGGCUGGGCUCCCCAACUACUAAUUCUUGAACAUGAAGCAACUGGGGCCUUUGUCACUCAUUGCGGGUGGAACUCGAUCCUUGAAGGAGUUUCUGCUGGGGUUCCAAUGAUCACGUGGCCGGUGACCGGAGAGCAGUUUUACAAUGAGAAGCUGGUGACUGAGUUACUUAGGAUUGGGGUUGCUGUUGGUGCCGAAAAGUGGGCUACAUUUGAGGAGGAAAGUGCGAAGAGCGAAGCCAGUGUGAAGAGGGAGGCCAUAGAGAAGGCUGUGACUGAAAUCAUGGUGGGUGAUGAAGCAGAGGAAAUGAGAAGCAGAGCUAAAGCGCUUAGAGAGAUGGCAAGCAGGGCUGUUGAAGAAGAUGGUUCAUCAUUCUCCGAUUUAACUGCUCUAAUUGAAGAGUUAAAGUCCCUUGGGUCAUGAUUCUGUUGAAGCAACCAAAAUGCCAACAUUUGUCUACUCAAGUUGGAUCAAUUUUUACAUGUAAUCUGUAAAAGUUCAAAAUAAUGGCAAAAGAGAAAGCACUGUUCUUCAAACAUGUGUUACUUCACAAAAUUCUUUGAA